AGCGAUAUCAACUUCCGUCCGCCAUGUUGCAGUGAUACAGCGGGUUUCGGUUCGGUUAGAGAUGAUUUCCGCGCAGCUCCGAGCCCCGCAGUCCGGCACCAUGCAGCCCCGCAAUGCCGCCACCGCCGCCGCCACCCAGCACAAGUUCUCCCCGUACGCCUUCAACGGAGGGACUGUGCUGGCGGUUGCUGGGGAAGAUUUUGCUCUUGUGGCCUCAGAUACUCGUUUAAGUGAGGGCUAUUCAAUCCAUAGCCGGGAUUCCCCAAAAUGCUAUAAACUGACGGACACGACAGUGAUUGGCUGCAGUGGUUUCCAUGGUGACUGUUUGACACUGACCAAAAUCAUUGAUGCAAGACUGAAGAUGUACAAACAUGCAAACAACAAGUCCAUGACAAGUGGAGCCAUUGCUGCCAUGCUGUCAACGAUUCUGUAUGGAAGGCGAUUUUUCCCAUACUACGUUUACAACAUCAUCGGUGGACUGGAUGAGGAAGGUCGUGGUGCGGUAUACAGUUUUGAUCCUGUUGGAUCUUAUCAGAGGGAUUCUUACAAAGCCGGAGGAUCGGCAAGUGCAAUGCUGCAGCCACUGCUUGACAACCAGAUUGGUUUCAAGAACAUGGAGAACGUGCAGCAGCUGCCCCUGACCCUGGAGAAGGCUGUGCAGCUGGUGAAGGAUGUGUUCAUUUCUGCUGCGGAGCGAGAUGUCUAUACUGGAGACGCCCUUAAAAUCUGCAUUGUCACCAAGGAGGGCAUCCGGGAAGAGGUGCUGCCACUCAGAAAAGACUGAGCAGCUUCUUUUCCAUGCCAAACCCAGUCCACCUCUGUUUCCCUCAGAUUGACCUUUGCUUGUCCUUUGCUUUGAAUCCUUUGCUCUGCUGUACUUUUUAUAUUCUCACAAGAAUAAAAAAAAUACUAAAUAGAA